AUGGCCCCGGGAUCAGCCAUCGCAGACGGCAAACGUUCCAGAGCAACACAAGAGGGGCGAGAGCCGCGGACAGUCGCGGACUCCGGCGGACAUUUCGCGGACUUCGUCAUUUCCUCUGGGCAGGUCGGUGCACUGCUGCAGCUCGACCAAAUCAUUGGCAACGGACUGCUGAAAUAUCUCGAUGUGAUAACUGUUCAGCAGGACCUCGCAGCGCUUCCACUGAUCUGUCCAGCCGCCAAAGACGAAGCAACAAAUGGUCUGCUGCUCGAUGCCAUCUUCUUGGCAGACCAGACCCCAAUCUUCUUUCAGGCACCACUGGAUCAGUUUGUUGAGGAACAAAACUUGCUGUGCCAGCAACGAACUAAAAACUUGAACCCAGCUGCAUGGGAUCAGGCGGCACUUCUGAAGAAGGUGAUCAACGCUUCUCCCCUGCUAAAAGAGCAGCACGAACAGGUCUUUCAGCACUUUGACAUGAACGACCCAGUCAAGGUGGCUGACCUUGCAGCUGGCUUGUCCACCGCGGAUCGUGGUGAGCUGCAGGCGGUCCUAGAGGAGCAGGACUUGAGUGCCAAAAUUGACAAGGUCACUCAAUUGCUGCAGCGCGAUCUCAGCAUGGUCAAGCUGCAAUCUGAAGUCAAGAGCAGAGUUGAGGAGAAAGUGAUGAAAGAACAAAAGCAGAAGAUCCUGAUGGAUCAGAUGAGACAAAUCCAGAAAGAGCUGGGAAUAGAGAAGGAUGAGAAGCAGACCUUGACGACCCAAUUCCGGGAUGCCCUCAAAGAGAAGGAGGUCCCGGAGGAGGUGCAAAAGGUCAUCGACACGGAGAUCGCAAAAUUGAAUUCUUUGGAGCCUUCGUCGCCAGAAUUCAAUGUAUGCCGAACGUACCUUGAAUGGCUCACUUGCUUACCCUGGGGCAAGUUUACUUGUGAGAACCGCGACAUCAAGAAGGCCGAGUCCAUCCUUGAUGAGGACCACUAUGGCCUAGAAGAUGUCAAAGAGCGUAUCUUGGAGCACAUUGCGGUCAGUUUCCUGAAGGAUUCCACGCAGGGCAAGAUCAUGUGCCUUGUUGGUCCACCUGGAGUUGGAAAAACAUCCGUGGGGAAGAGCGUGGCGCACGCAUUGGGGCGAAAGCUGCCGGCUCAGAGUUCAACAGAGUUGAAACGGAAGAACUUGAUUCGACGCGUCUUUGCUUUGGGAGGGACCCAUGCAGUGUGA